GGCGCCAAUCGGCCGAUGCCACACAGCUGUUCUCGUGUCCAUACUGCCAGAGCGUCUUCUCGCACAAGGGCAGGCUCAACAGGCACAUCCGCUACCACAUGGGCCUCAAGUCACACGCGUGCCCGUGCUGCGACGCCAAGUUUGUGGAGAGGUACAACCUGAAACGCCACAUUCGCCUAAGACACAGCCCGUAAGGUCGGCUGUUCCCAGGUGACGAUGCGAACAUCCCUUGGGGCUUUCGUGCCGUGAUGGGCACCGGGCGGUCCCAUCCCUGUGAUAUUUAUGUUGGAGGGAGAAUAAAACUUUUACGUUCAUCGACAAGCCCUCCUUUUUUCUCUCCCUUUUUUUCUGCCGAAGCCGUAUCUUCCUUCUCUUUCUGAAUGUGCAUGGUGUCGCUUGUUAGGCUAAGGUUCCAGGCGGGGGACCUCUCGGCCGUGGGGCGGCUCUCUCAAGAUCAAGUCGGUGGAGACGCUGCAGCGCUUGGACUGGGACGCGGGCAGCACGGGCUCGAGCGGGCCGGCGGCGCGGGCUGAAGGCGUGAAGAGGACGUACAAGAACAACUGCCCCCUGUGCGGGCAGCGGUUUCGCUCCCGAAAGUUCGUGUCGCGCCACCUGGCCCGGGGCGCGCGCAACUGCCCGGCCAGGAACCAGAUGCUCCAGGGCGCGCCGAAGUCCUCCCCCAAGACACCCCCGCAGGCGGCUGCCCCCGGGCCGCUCGAUGCGCUGCAGAAGGGCGAGCUUAACUGCACCAUCUGCCCCUACCGCGGCCACGCCCCCUCUACCCUGCAGCAGCACAUGUACAGGGUGCACCCGGAGGCGCGCCCGUUCGGCUGCAUCGAGUGCAAGGAGAAGUUCCGCUUCGCCACGUCACUAGCCAAGCACUACUGCAAGAAGCACGGUAACAACAUCGACAUCGGCUUUGACCAGAACGGCGUGCUCACCAGGCGGCGCAGCGGCGGACAGGUGCCGAAAGUCGAAGCCAAGGUGGAGCUGCAGCACGCCAAGAUGGCCGAGGCCAGGGUGGAGCUCAAGCACGUGACGAUGGACGAGGCCAAGGUGGAGAAGGGAGCCGGUGACGACGCGCUGAAGGCGCGGACUCGCAGUGACGCGCACCUGCACCAGACGCGCCACAACCGGCAGGUGGCCAUGAUCAAGAAGCGCAUGCACCUGCGCGCUGCGCGCGCCGCCGCCAGCCAGGCCAAGAAGAACGCAGCCGCGACCCCGGUGGCGCUCAGGGCCAACCGGCUGCGCCGCGUGCGCAUCAGCAACUACCGCCUGCUGAGCCGCACCAGCCCCGGCACCGCGCCUCCCGCCGCGCCGGAGGCCAAGCCCGCCACCAAGCGCGCGCCGGAACCCGCGCCGCCGCCGCGUACCGGCCGCCCGCCGAAGAAGAGCAAGGGGAAGGGCAGCAAGUGCAAGCGGUCGCUCAAGAUGGCGGACGGGGACGAGCAGGCGCAGGACAAAGAAAAGGACAAGGACAAGGGCGGGGGAACCGAGGAGAACGAGGAGGAGGACGACGACGAGGGCGAGGAGAUUGUCGAGGACGACUCGACGCGCGUCGCCCAGGAGGUGCCCGCCGACGCGCAGCUCGUCUACAAGUGCGACGAGUGCGACGCACGCUUCAGACACGCCAUGCAGCUGGAGAUGCACGAGCUGGAGCACGAGACUGGCGGCGACGCCGGCGUGGGGGCGCUCUUUGAGUGCAUCCAGUGCGGGCGCGCCUUCGCCCUGGAGGAGACCCUUCGCUGGCACAUCGAGGCGGAGCACACCGUGGCCGUGAAGGGCGCUCCCGGCGCUCCCAACGCUCCCAACGCUCCCAGCGCCAGCGAGGUCAUCGACAUCUCGGAGGACAUCAUGGUGGUGGGCGAGUGCCGCCGCGAGGAGAAGGUCGUCGAGAUAGUGGAGAUUCCCGACGACGACGACGAGGUCGCGCCCAAGUCAAUGGCCGUCGUCAACGUCGCGACCGGCGACGACGGGGACCUGGGUCUGAAGGUGACGGCGGUCACGUCGGCGGUAGACCCGCUGCUUGACGAGACCCUCGAGGCGGCGCUGCUCGGCGAGGACGCGGCGGAGGCGGGCGACGUGCCAGCUACCGAGGCGCCCUCAGCGAACGUGGAGGAGAGCGAGCUGAAUGAGGCGGUGACGAACAUCCUCCAGAUGGCGGACGAGGAGGAGCCUGACGACCCUCCCCCCUUCCUGAUCUCUUCCGUGAGCGGCGCCUCCGACCUAGUCAGUGCAUCGUCGGGCGCCGCUCCGGUGUUUGAUUGGGACUAAGUGCUCUUCUACACUUUUGUGAUCAUUCUGGACUGUGUUUUUAUCCUUCUUUUGUUAAUUGUAGUGUUGGUUAUGAAGUCAAUAGUUGUUGUUAAUGGUAAAUAUUUUGUAAAUAAUAGAUGUUUGUGUUUACUCCUAAUUUAAUGAUAUUUUUAAGUAGCCUUGUGAUUUACGAAAUGAAUGACACAGCUUUUUGGCUAUGACAUAUUUAAAAUACCCAAGACGAUGUGAUCUACUUUCAUUAUAUUAACGAGAUGUAACUAUGUAUGUUUAUUAACUUAUAGUAAUAAAAAUGACUACAGUUUUACAA